CGGGGCGAGGAUCCGUCGGAGCUGCUGGACGGGGUGCGGGCGGAGUGCGAGGCGCUGCGGGCGGAGUGCAGCGCGGCCGCGGCGGAGCUGGCGGCGGCGCGGGAGGACGUGGCCCGGCUGCAGCAGGCGCUGCGCCAGGAGCGCGGCCAGGCGGCGGGCGUCGAGAGGCAGUUGGCCGAGGUGAGCAGCGAGAGCCACGCCUGGCAGAACCGCGCAGAGCAGCGCGCGGAGCACCUGCUGCGGGCGGUGCAGGAGCGGAACGAGGCGAUGGCCAAGAUCGAUGAGCUCAAUCAGAUGGUCGAGCGCCUCCAGGCGAGCAUCGCCACCGCCGGCUACGACGAGGCGGACGACUCCGGAGCCGCAAACUUGCCGACUCGCCAGCCGGGAACCACCGCAGAGUCGACUGCGACGGCCGAGGGCGGAGGAGGUAAAGAAGUCUACGACCUGGACGACUACGAGGAGGAGGAGGCGUACGAGGACGACGCGGACCCCGAGUUCGACGAGGAGGAGGAGGAGGACGAGGACGAGAAAAAAGACAUCAACACGACGUCAUUGUCCAAUAUCCAGAAGGAGGAGGACGAGCCUGAGAAGGAGGAGACGGAGGAGAGCGAGAAGGCGGGAGACGACGGGGGCAAGGCGGAGGGCGAGGAGGUCGAGGCGAGCUCUUUCCUGACGAGCGCUUCGCGAGCUGCCGCGAGCGAGCGGGAGGCCGCCGCCGCCACGAGGAUCCAGAGCGUGCAUCGCGGCAAGGCCGCGCGGCGACGGGCGUCGGAGCAGAAGGCCGAGCGCGAGCGCCAGGCCGCUCGGGAGGCCGACGACGCCCGGGAGGCGGCGGCCAUCCGGGCCGAGCUGGCGCGGCAGCAGGAGACGGCGGCGACCAGGAUCCAGAGCCUCCUCCGCGGCAACGCCGCACGGAGGGAGGCCGCCGAGAAGGCGCGGCGGCGCGACGCCUUCGCGGCGGCGCUGGCGGCGGAGGCCGCCGCGGCCGAGGAGGAGCUGGCGCUGGCGCAGGCCGCCGCCGCCACGAGGAUACAGAGCGUGCACCGCGGCAAGGCCAGUCGCCGGCAGGUGGCGGAGCGGAAGGCCGCUGGGGAGGCGGCUGCCGCCACCGCCGGGGGCGCCGAGGACGCGCCGAAGCUGUCCGAGACUGGCGGGAGGGACUCUGGGGACUGCGAGGCUGCCUCGCCCUCGCCAGCCGCCACGCCGCCGGCUGCCUCGACGCCGUCCUCGCUCGGGCGCAAGGCCAGCGCCGUGAUCGAUCUGGAUGACUCGCGGCCGCAAAGCGGCGUCGGAGCCCCCAGCGGCACCGAGAAGCUCUUCGACAGGCUCUUCGACGGGUCCCUUGUCAUGGAAACCACAGGCGACGCAGGCGCGGAGCGCACAGCAGAAUCGCCUCCGUGAACAGUCAGUGCCAGUCAGAAACCGCGCGGGUGCUUGGGCCGUUGCCGGCGACUCCCGCUGUUGGGCGAAAAGAAAAACAA